GAAAACGAAAAACGAGAAAAAUAAAAACUUCCAAGGGAGAGAGAGCAACGGACCCGUAAAUAACAAUCUGGUUCCGGCUGGCACUUUACAAACAAGGAUCUAUGAGGAUCAGAUUGAUAGGGGAGAAAGGAAGUCAAGUGUUUAACCAGAAUCUGAAAAUUACCCGAUUGGGGAAGUCUGGUCGGAUCGAAGAAGCCAUUCACGUUUUUUCACGGCUGACAGUGAAGAAUGUUGUAAGCUACAACUCCAUGAUAUCUGCUUACUGCAAGAACGGUAGAAUAAGCGAUGCACGCCGUCUGUUUGAUGAAAUGCCUCAGAGAAACUUAGUUUCUUGGAACUCUAUGAUUGCUGGGUAUUUGCAUAAUGAUAAGGUUGAGGAAGCCUCUGAACUCUUUGAUAAAAUGCCUAAAAGAGACCUCUUUUCCUGGGCUUUGAUGAUAACUUGCUAUACGCGUAAUGGGGAACUUGAAAAGGCUAGAAAAUUAUUUGAUUUGCUUCCUGAUAAGCGAGACACAGUUUGUUGGAAUGCUAUGAUUGCUGGUUAUGUGAAGAACAGGCGUUUUGAUGAUGCCAAGAAAUUGUUUGGAGAAAUGCCGGUCAAAGAUUUUGUUUCUUGGAAUUCAAUGCUAGCAGGAUAUACUAAGAAUGCGGAAAUGCAUUUGGCGUUGCAGUUGUUUGAGGAAAUGGAAGAGAGGGAUGUGGUUUCGUGGAAUCUGCUGGUGGAUGGGUUUGUUGAGGUGGGUGAUUUGGAUUCUGCUUGGCAGUUCUUUAAACAGAUUCCAAACCCGAACGUUGUUUCAUGGGUUACAAUGUUAUGUGGCUUUGCACGAAAUGGUAAGAUUAUGGAGGCUAGGAGACUUUUUGAUCAGAUGCCACAUAGAAAUGUGGUUUCUUGGAAUGCGAUGAUUGCGGCAUAUGUUCAAAACUGCCAACAUGAUGAGGCUAAUAGGCUAUUUAUGGACAUGCCAGAGAGGGAUUCUGUAUCAUGGACUACAAUGAUCAAUGGGUAUGUUCGUGUUGGUAAGAUUGGUGAAGCAAGGGGUUAUCUUGACCGCAUGCCUUUCAAAAACAUUGCUGCACAAACAGCAAUGAUCUCUGGAUAUGUACAAAAUAAAAGGAUGGAUGAAGCUAGUCAACUAUUCAGUCAGAUUGGCACCUGGGAUACUGUUUGUUGGAACACGAUGAUUGCAGGCUAUGCUCAAUUUGGGAGAAUGGACGAUGCUCUUUGUCUUUUUAGACAAAUGGUCAAUAAGGACAUGGUUUCAUGGAAUACCAUGAUUGUUGGUUAUGCUCAAGCUGGACAGAUGGAUGAAGCACUUAAAAUAUUUGAGGAGAUAGGUGAAAGGAAUAUAAUUUCAUGGAAUUCUUUGAUUGCAGGUUUCUUGCAAAAUGGGCUAUAUUUGGAUGGACUGAAGAGUUUCGUGUUGAUGUGGAAGGAAGGAAAGAAACCUGAUCAGUCAACUUUUGCAUGCGGACUAAGUGCAUGUGCCAAUCUUGCAGCUUUGCAAGUUGGGAAGCAACUUCACCAUAUGAUUGUAAAGAGUGGUUAUGUGAAUGAUUUAUUUGUUAGCAAUGCUCUGAUCAGCAUGUAUGCUAAAAGCGGAAGGGUCUUUGAUGCUGAGCUUUUGUUUAAAGAUAUCAAUCAUGUCGACGUGGUUUCUUGGAAUUCUUUGAUUGGUGGAUUUGCUUUAAAUGGGUAUGGUCGAGAGGCUGUCAAACUCUUUGAAGAGAUGCUCAUUAAUGGAGUGGUUCCUGACCAAGUCACUUUUGUUGGAGUAUUGUCUGCGUGUUGUCAUGCUGGCCUGGUUGAUUGUGGUUUAGAAUUGUUCAAAAGCAUGAAUGAAGUAUACAGUGUUGAACCUUUGGUAGAGCACUAUGCUUGCAUGGUUGACUUGCUUGGUCGAGCGGGGAGGUUAGAAGAGGCCUUCAACGUGGUUAGAGGAAUGAAGAUCAGGGCGAAUGCCGGAAUAUGGGGUGCACUCCUAGGAGCUUCCAGGGUACACCAGAAUCUAGAACUUGGUAGACAUGCUGCUGAGAAGCUUUUAGAACUUGAACCACAUAAAACUUCAAAUUAUGUGCUCUUGUCGCAUAUGCAUGCUGAGGUUGGUAGUUGGGAGGAGGUUGAGAGAGUCAGGGUAUCAAUGAAAAAGAGUAGAGCAGAGAAGCAACCAGGAUGUAGCUGGAUAGAACUCAGAAAUCAAAUAAAUGCUUUCCUCUCUGAUAAUCAAUUGCAGCCUAGAACAGCAGAGGUAUGCAAUACAUUAACGGCUUUAACUGCACAGAUGAGAAAUCCAGUUGACUUAUCUGAUUUCAAAUCUUUACUUGGCAUUUUUGAUUGACAAUGAUUGUACCAUCAACUAACACAUGUAUCAGAGCAAUUUUAGCAUCCUGUACAUUAGGUAUAUGCCAUUUCUCAUGCAUUAAUUCUUUUGCAAUUGUACAUAUGUACAUGAACCCUUGGGGGAUGUUUAAUACUACUAUCUUCUGAGUUUGCAUUA